AUGACCAAUCAGUCGACAGAAAGAACCGAGCCAAAAGCUACCUCAGAACGGCUGUCAACAAAAACUCCCGAUUCAAUUAUUAUUGGUAACAACAAUGAACAACCAGCAAAUCCAGAAGACUCGACUGGACCAGAGGUUUUCAAAGGCAGCCUCCAACAUAAAGUUGAGGAUGAUAUUGUCCAGGUUGGCAUGCCGGGUACAUAUGGGAUGUCCUUUCCGGCGCUUCAUGCAGCUGAGACAAGUGGCUGCACAACUGACGGCUCAGAGAGUUUUACAAGUUGCUCAAGCCCCGAGGACAGCCCUUCUCCAGGAAAAAUCGCGAGUUUGAAAAAGGAAGCAAUAAUCAAGCGGAUCUUGGGCCGAUUCAAGACUUGGCUGGACUCAAGAUUAACUCUGCUGGCAUAUCAACUUGAUGGUGGCGGUCCAUCCUUCGGAUUGAAUGAGAAUUCAGCAAUACUGGACCAGACUGCAGCACAUCCUGGACAGACUGCACGCGGAGAAAAAAGAGGUCGAGAUGACGAUAACCAAGACGGGUCUGACGAUGGUAAAGGUGAUAAAGACCGCAAUGGCAGCCGCGAACCGAACCGGGUGAAGACGGACCAGGAAGAUGGCCAAGAUUUUGCAUGCCCUUUCCUUAAACACAACGUGAGGAAGUACCAGACGAAGCGGUGCUGCGCAUGGUCGGGCUGGAAGACGGUACAUCGAGUUAAAGAACACGUGUACCGAAAACAUCGACUGCCUCAAUUUAAGUGUAACAGAUGCUGCUGCGAGUUCCAAAACUCGACCCAGUUAGCAGACCAUCAACGCUUGGAGGUUCCUUGCAACAUUCGGCUCCAAGGGCAACAAGAUGGUGUCAACGAGGAGCAAAUCUUGGCGCUUCGAUCUCGGAAAAAGUCCAAGGGAAAUACCCCCGAGUCAGAGAAAUGGACUAAAAUGUACAAGAUCAUAUUCCCUGAUGAUGAACUUAUUCCGUCUCCUUAUCACGACAUCCAAUUCCAGCUAGAUGAGAAAGACCUUUCGGGUUGUGUUGAUAGCAACUUGCGUGGGGAGCGAGGCGAACUCGUCUUUUGCAAAUGGUGGCCCAAUGCCAUGUGUCCCGCAAAGCCUCUUCGACAUCAUUCAGAACACGAUGAUUGA